UAUAACUCUUGGGCUCACUGAAACGCGACUCGCUGAUCGAGUUGUGACGGAAGGGAGAUCUAAGACUGUAAGUAAGAGCUCAUCGGUAGCUACACUGCUAUUCUGAGGAGUUCAUGGCGGGGCCGGGUAGUUCCAUGUUGUAUUCCUUUCUUCUGUUCACUGUCAUUCUAUCACUUCAACAGAUGUACAGAGGGAAGUUAGCAUCAACAGAGUUGUUUACCAUUCUUGGGGGUUUCAUUAGUUCUCUCCUAUUCCUUGUGCUGUUCACAUUCAUUGGCAAUCUCCAAGAAACAAGUGGCGUAAGGACUGGCUGGGGUGCCGUUAUUAUAGCAGAAGCAGUUGCUCUUAUUGCUGCUGGCACUGUCCAUCGAGUUUGUAUCACAACAUGUUUCUUGUUUUCAGCCGGAUUACUGUAUGAGGUCAACAAGCUUUCAGGGAUAAUGCUUGCCAAAAGUGAAUCUAAAUCGAAAAGGCACUGAGUCUACAGUGUAGGAUUUGAUGAUCUGCUGUUCUGAAAUUUUGUUGUUUCCUUUCCUUCUAAUUAUAAUUUAGAGAUAGAACUAAAACAAAAAAAAGAGUAUCAUUUUUAUGUGUAUCAGUUCUUUGUCAAUUAUACAGACUCCGAAAGAUGUUAUUUGAUGUGUUGCUAGUUUUACCCGCUUAUUUAA